GGCUUUGCAACAAGCAGCGGCAGUCGCAACAGCAGCAGCAGCAUCAUCCUCCCUGCGUCCAAGAGAGAGAAAGGCCUGGAGUGAGAAAAAGCCAAACUCGGUCUCGCUCCCUUCCUUCCCUCCCUCCCUCCCUCCCUUGAGCGCCCCUCGGCAACACUUCAGGUCUCUCUGAGGUCUCCCUCGGCCCCUCGGCCCGUCGCCUCUUCCUCUCAAGUCUCCUUUGCUUGUUUGUUCGUAUGCUUAAAGCCGUGCUUUUGACAGCAGCAGACAAAACACAACUUCUCCGGCCGUCCGUCCGAUUAACUCACCUCUACCCAGCGGCUCACCUCACCGUUCUUUCUUUCGUGACACGAGAAAGCGAGACAAGUGCGGCUCGCCGUUUGCAGCAAAUAGGCGAAAUCAGUUCGGAUCUCAGAAGAGCUGACUUCCCUCUGCACGACGACGACGACUUCUUAUUCCCAAUCUGCCCGCGGACUGUUCCGGCUGCUUCGAGUCUACAGUUUGAACUUCGCUCAAGCAGGAAUUUAGCACCGCGGAGAUUCAUCGGCUACGAUUUUCUUUCGCAGCUACGUACCUCGCGAACGAUAUCAACGAUGAGGAUGGCAUAUUGCCUCCUGAUUGUCUGCACGGCGCUCACUCUGUGCGCACAUUUUGCGCAUGCCCGCCCAGGCCGCAGCAUUCUCACCGAAAUGCAAACGUCAGAAGCCUCUAUGAGCAAAGAGGAGAGUGUUCAGCAUCGAGUGGAGGUAUCCGAUGUAGACAAAGACGAAGUCGAACACAUCGCGGAACACGAACCCAAGAAAGCGGAACAGGAAGUACAAUUGAAGCCCGAGUCAGACAAUCAAAGUGAGUCUGAGAAGAACGAGGAGACUGAGGAAGUUGUGUGCACGGAGAUGGGGACGUGCUUCGAGAAGCGUCUCCUGGUGGCUACCAUCGACUACAAGAACGACGGACCCAACAACCCCAUCACCGACCCACCCCACUAAAUUGAAGGAUUCUGAUUUCGAGUACGAUUGUUGUCGAAGCCAUUUUCACGUGAAACAAGUUACCAUCAAACAUUUCAAAGGCCGAUUGAGAUUCGGAUCCUUCGUCGGGGAAUUGGGGAUUUGGGAAAUUGGCUAUCUGUGACACUACAAAUUUUUGGCAUAUAUAGUUACGUAACCGUACGCGAUUAGGACAAAGGUCUUGGAGAAGGCGAUCGAUCGUUCCUGCCUCUGGAGGUCGAAUUGCUGCUGUCCAUCCCUUCUGAACCCUCUAUAUUCAGACCGAAGGUGCUCUCGGACUCUCAAACGAGAACACCGAUACCCAUAACCACCGAAACAUUUCUGGACGUGGAGCGGCGUUUCUCUACAUGAUGUUCGAGCUGUCUAUUGACCCUUCCCUUGUUAGAUAUUGAGAAACGGACGUCGAGGCUAACGCCAUCAUUGUCUGCACGUCGUGAUCUUGAUCACUGGCGCCUGUAAAUUACUUGCAUGUAUCCGAACCUGCAUGCGGGCUACAUCAUAUAGUUGACGAUAGAAAAUGUACUAAGGUCUAUGCAUCGUAUGUGUUCAGAAAAUUCUCUACUUAGUUUUCUUGUAACGUAAAAUGAGCAGAAUAAAGUGCG